ACGACUGCAGUGAGAGGCCCCGCCCCUCUGCAAUCACGGCAAAAUGGCGUCGGGGAGCUGUGAUUCUGUGAACAUGGACCCUGACAUGGAACUGCUCAGUGACGAAGAAUUAGAAAGGGAAGCGGAGGGCUUCAAAGAGCAAGGCAAUGCCUUUUAUAUCAAGAAGGAUUAUGCAGAAGCAUUCAAUUAUUACACCAAGGCCAUUGACAUGUGUCCGAAGAAUGCAAGUUACUAUGGAAACCGGGCAGCCACGCUAAUGAUGUUGUAUCGGUACAGAGAGGCUUUAGAGGAUUCCCAGCAAGCAGUACGACUAGAUAACGACUUCAUGAAGGGCCAUCUGCGAGAGGGCAAAUGCCACCUGUCUCUUGGCAACGCUAUGGCGGCAAGCCGCUGUUUCCAGAGGGUUCUGGAGCUGGAACCUGACAACAGCCCGGCCCAGCAGGAGCUCAAGACUGCAGAGUCAAUCCUUGAAUAUGAGAGAAUGGCAGAGAUUGGAUUUGAGAAGAGAGACUACAGGAUGGUUGUUUUUUGCAUGGACCGUGCCUUGGAGGCUGCCGCAGCCUGUCACCGGUUCAAGAUACUGAAGGCCGAGUGCUUGGCCUUGCUGGGACGCUACCCUGAGGCUCAGUCUGUAGCCAGUGAUAUUCUGCGGAUGGAUUCUACUAAUGCAGAUGCGCUGUACGUGCGUGGUCUUUGUCUGUAUUAUGAGGACUGCAUUGACAAGGCGGUCCAGUUCUUUGUCCAGGCCCUGCGCAUGGCUCCGGACCACGACAAGGCCCGGCUCGCAUUCAGAAAUGCUAAAGCACUAAAAGCCAAGAAGGAGGAAGGGAACAAGGCGUUCAAAGAGGGACACUUUGAGGCAGCCUAUGAGCUGUACUCUGAAGCGCUAACAAUAGACCCUAACAACAUCAAGACGAAUGCAAAGCUGUACUGUAAUAGGGCGACUGUCGGUUCUAAGCUGAAGAAACUAGAGCAGGCAGUUGAAGACUGCACAAGAGCCAUUAAACUGGAUGAGACCUACAUCAAGGCCUAUUUACGGAGAGCACAGUGCUACAUGGACAUGGAGCAGUAUGAGGAGGCCGUGCGGGAUUAUGAGAAGGUUUACCAGACAGAGAAGACAAAAGAACACAAGCACCUUCUGAAACACGCCCAGCUGGAGUUGAAGAAAAGCAAGCGGAAAGAUUACUACAAAGUGCUCGGGGUGAAUAAGAAUGCCACAGAAGACGAAAUCAAGAAAGCUUACCGCAAACGGGCGCUCCUACAUCACCCAGAUCGUCACAGUGGAGCUACUCCUGAGCUGCAGAAGGAAGAGGAGAAGAAGUUUAAGGAAGUGGGCGAGGCUUUCAGCGUGCUUUCGGACCCAAAGAAGAAGUCUCGCUAUGACAGCGGUCAGGAUCUGGAGGAUGACGGCAUGAACAUGGGAGAUUUUGAUGCCAACAACAUUUUCAAGGCAUUCUUUGGGGGCCCAGCCGGUUUUAGUUUUGAAGCAUCUGGACCGGGGAAUUUCUUCUUCCAGUUUGGUUAAUCGGAGGAUUUGUCUACCUACACAGUUACUAUAUCAGGACUUUUCAACAAUGUCAACCCCUGACCCACUAUCCAUAUUUAAUGACUGAUUGCCAGUCAGAUUCCUGUCUAUGCCAUUGACUGAAUGAACCCUAUGACCACAUGCAACUAAUGAUUUAACGUCCGUAUAGCAAGGACUCCAAGACGGCACAGACUGAGUUGAUAUGGUGUUACUGGUUUUGGAUUUGGUUUUCUUCCUUUCAGAAUGAAACAAACUUCAAAGUCAUUAAUGGCUACCAAUGGCUUUUAGGGAUCCGUGCAGGAAGCUGGAGAUGCACCUGAGCAUUGAGCAAGCUAUUAUCCGCCUCUUCUUCACUUGCUGCUGAGGGCGCAUUCUCUGCAUGAAACUUAAUAACUUGCUUAAUGAUUUCUGAAGAAAAUCCCUUAGCAAGUGGCACCUUCCCCUUUUGAAGAAUGUGUCAGAUUGGCUGCUACGAAUUCACACUGAAGAUUGCCUCCUCGUCAUCAGCCAAAAGGAGCACUUGAGCAUUUUCUUUUUUUUAUUCACAGCUGGAGGCUGGAGGCCUGACCUCCACUCACACUCCAGCUGAAGCACAUUAGAAAGAUGGCAGCGGAGGCUGCUGUGCUGGCUUCUUUGCCGGCACAGUCCCCCCUCCCUCUCGAUGUCACAAGUUUUAUGUUUGAUGUUGCCAUUCAGAUUGCUGCAUUGUACAUUUUACUGGAAUGUAAAGUGUUGAUUUGUGAUGAUAGUUCUUUUUUUUUUUCUUAAUUUUGAUAUGUAUAUUUAUUGUGAUAGAGAACCACCUGUGACACCUUUCUGUUAUUUAAAAGUUUGAGGGAGACAUUGAUGUUUAGCAUCCUUGGACACAAAUUCAGGAAGAUCAUUGUUUUUGCUUGGUCUGCAUGAAAUAGUGGGCAAAAAAAAUAGAUUAUGCUUUGUGUGUGUUCUUUGACUGUCAUGCAAGCUGUCUCAUUUAACUCGAUGCAAAAGAACCGAACAAAGUAGAUGCACUUGCUAUUGUCCAAGUCAUUGGGUGAGGGCUACGUGGUUCUGUUCGGUUUACUUCCCGAUGAGUGUGGCGUUCUCUUGGUGGACUUCUCGAAGAAAAGAAAUGCGUCUUCAUCUUUGCUCUCAUUGUUUUUGCCCUUUUAAUGGUAAAACCAUCCUCUCAUUAUCCUUGAAAAGUACCAGCCAUGUCAAUAAAAUUGGCCUCCACUGGGUUUCCCCCUA